AUGUCGCAGGGCAAAUAUAGUGAGGAUAGUCAAUAUUUGCCCACUUCGGGAUCUCCAAAGGAGGAGCCCUGUCAAGCGGGGCUGGCCCCCACCGGUGGCAACGUGAUUCAGUUCGGUUUAAUGAUUACGCGCAAGACCGGGAAAUCGCCGUUGUCCUACAACGGUUACGGCUGCUACUGCGGCUUGGGGGGAUCCAAACAGCCGUUGGAUGCGACCGACUGGUGCUGCCAUGCCCACGACUGCUGCUACAGGAGAAUCUCAUCCCCUUCCUGCAGUCCCAAGCUGGUCAAAUACAACUUCUCCAUCCAGGGAAACCAAAUAACCUGUGGACCCGGGACUUUGUGCCAAAGACAGAGCUGCUAUUGCGACAAGCGGGCGGCAGAGUGCUUCCAAAGGACAGCCAGGACCUACCAGAACCGUUACAAGAAUUACCCCAACUUUUUGUGCAAGGGCCAAACUCCCUCCUGCUGAGAC